UGGCAGGAGGAGAAGGAAGCAGCAGCCUGCCGACCACUGCAGCCCCUGCGCGCUGCCCUCUCGGUGCGGGCCGAGCCGUGAGGGAGCCACCGGCCCGGAGGUGGCCGCCGCCGGCAGCGAAGCUCCCCCGGCCCGCCGGGGCAACGCCACCCCCCGUGCCCCGUUGGCGGCGGCCGGGACUGGGGAGCCCGGAGCGGGACUUCUCCAAGCCAGCUGCAGUGAAGAGCAAGAGUUGUGUUCCUGCCAGCCAGACCCAGUCUCCAGUGCUGGUCCCCCUGAUGGCACUUUGUCCAAGCCUGUGAAACCUGCCAAGCUGGACGCCACAGCUUUGCACGACUGCACUUUGGCCGCCACUGUGCCUCCUUCGGAGCUGUCGAGUGAUGCGGUCCCAGCCUGUGACACAGGCAUUCAUGAAGAGCACUAUGUAAGUGAAGCAGUGGAAGAUGAUCUGCCAGACUGCAGAGAGUACAGAGAUGCCUGCACCAUUACCGAUGUGUGCAAUAGUACCAAUCUUCCUGAAGUUGAGAUCAUCAGUCUACUGGAAGAGCAGCUGCCUCAUUAUAAGCUAAGAGCAGAUACAAUCUAUGGUUAUGACCACGACGACUGGCUUCACACACCUCUCAUUUCCCCUGAUGUGAAUAUUGACUUAACAACUGAGCAAAUAGAAGAGACCUUGAAAUACUUCCUUUUAUGCGCUGAAAGAGUGGGCCAGAUGACUAAAACAUACAAUGAUAUAGAUGCUGUCACACGUCUUCUUGAAGAGAAAGAACGGGACUUAGAAUUAGCUGCUCGGAUUGGCCAGUCGCUGUUAAAGAAGAAUAAAUCACUGACAGAAAGAAAUGAAUUCCUGGAGGAGCAAGUAGACCACAUCAGGGAAGAGGUUUCUCAGUUGAGGCAUGAGCUAUGCAUGAAAGAUGAACUGCUCCAGUUCUACACCAGUGCUGCUGAAGAAAGUGAGCCAGAGUCCGUCUGUUCCACCCCGCUGAAGAGGAAUGAAUCUUCCUCCUCCGUCCAGAACUACUUUCAUUUGGAUUCUCUCCAAAAGAAACUCAAGGACCUUGAAGAGGAGAAUGUUGUGCUUAGAUCUGAGGCUUGUCAGCUGAAGACUGAAACAAUUACUUAUGAAGAGAAAGAACAACAGCUUGUCAAUGACUGUGUGAAAGAGCUAAGAGAUGCAAACAUCCAGAUUGCCAAUAUCUCCGAAGAGUUAGCAAAGAAAACUGAAGAUGCUGCCCGGCAGCAAGAGGAAAUCACCCACCUUCUCUCUCAGAUAGUCGAUCUGCAGAAAAAGGCAAAAGUUUGUGCAGUUGAAAAUGAGGAACUUGUCCAGCAUUUGGGAGCAGCUAAAGAUGCCCAGAGACAACUCACAGCAGAGUUGCGAGAGCUGGAAGACAAGUAUGCAGAGUGCAUGGAAAUGCUUCAUGAGGCUCAAGAAGAGCUGAAAAACCUUAGGAACAAGACUAUGCCAAAUGCUGUAUCACGUCGGUACCACUCUCUCGGUCUCUUCCCUAUGGAUUCUUUGGCAGCAGAGAUAGAAGGGUCAAUGAGGAAAGAACUGCAUUUAGAUGAACCCGACUCUCCUGACUUUGCUCAUCAGAAGCGCGUCUUUGAGACAGUGAGAAAUGUCAACCAAGUUGUCAAGCAGAGAUCCAUGACUCCAUCACCAAUGAAUAUCCCAGGCUCUAACCAAUCCUCUGCUAUGAACUCAGUCAUGUCUAGCUGUGUCAGCACUCCACGUUCCAGUUUCUAUGGGGGAGACAUCUCUAACAUUACAAUAGACAACAAGACCAAUAGCAUCAUCUUAGAGACAGAAUCCUCUGACAACGGAAAUGAAGACAGGAUGAAGAAACCUGGAACUCCAGGGACUCCAGGCUCCAGUGACCUAGAGACUGCCCUUCGGAGGCUGUCCCUCAGGAGGGAGAAUUACCUCUCGGAGAGGAAGUUCUUUGAGGAAGAGCAGGAAAGGAAGCUGCGGGAACUGGCAGAAAAGGGUGAACUCCAUAGUGGUUCCAUUACCCCCACAGAGAGCAUCAUGUCGCUGGGAACUCACUCGAGGUUUUCCGAAUUCACUGGAUAUUCAGGAAUGUCUAUCAGCACUCGCUCCUACCUGCCUGAAAAGCUUCAGAUUGUGAAACCACUAGAAGGUUCUGCCACUUUGCACCACUGGCAGCAGCUGGCUCAGCCUCAUCUGGGCGGCAUCCUGGACCCGAGGCCUGGGGUUGUCACUAAGGGCUUCAGGACCUUGGACCUGGACCUGGAUGAAGUGUACUGCCUUAAUGACUAUGAGGAAGAUGAGACAGGUGACAUUUCUUACAAGGGCCUAACUACCUCGACGCCAGUUCAGCACACAGAGACCUCAGGUGAGAGGUCACAAGCACAAGUGACUGUUUCAGACAACAAGAAUAACCCCCGCCAAUCUCAGGCUUUCACAGAGGAGAUGCAGGAGUCCACGGCUGACGAUGAUGAGGGGUCUGUACCUCAUCCUGGGAAGUGCAUGUCACAAACCAACUCCACCUUCACCUUCACCACCUGCCGCAUUCUGCACCCCUCCGAUGAGCUCACACGAGUCACACCAAGCCUUAACCCAGCACCUACUCCAGCUGGUGGCAGCAUUGGCAAUCUGAAAGGCACCCCGGUGGCCACCCCCUGCACCCCGCGGCGCCUGAGCUUGGCCGAAUCCUUCACUAACCUCCGGGAAUCCACGACGACGAUGAGCACGUCCCUGGGGCUGGUGUGGCUCCUGAAGGAAAGGGGCAUCUCGGCAGCAGUGUACAAUCCACAGAGCUGGGACAGAGCCAGCAAGGGCACCCUCCUGAACACGUACAUCCCUAAGAUGGCCAUCAUUCCUUCCACUCCUCCCAACUCACCUAUGCAGACACCUUCUUCUUCCCCUCCAUCUUUUGAGUUCAAGUGCACCAGCCCACCUUACGACAACUUCUUGGCUUCGAAGCCUGCUAGCUCAAUCUUGAAGGAGGUGAGGAAUAAAAAGAACAUCAGGAACAGUGAGAGUCAGACUGAUGUGUCUGUUUCCAACCUUAAUCUCGUGGACAAAGUCAAGAGGUUUGGUAUUGCCAAAGUUGUGAGUUCAGGGCAAACAUCAGCUCCUCCUUUAACUGAGGACCAGGGACCUCUUCUCUGUGGGGCACAAGGACCAGUGAGGGCCUUUGUUCCUGGAGGCCUGGCACCAGACGGUCUCCCAUUGGGCUGCCCUGCUGUAACCAGUGCCAUUGGGGGCAUCCAGCUCAACACUGGCAUCCGAAGGAAUCGGAGCUUCCCCACCAUGGUGGGUUCCAGCAUGCAGAUGAAAGGCCCAACAUCUCUCACUUCGGGGAUCCUCAUGGGAACCAAGCUCCCGAAGCAAACUAGCUUACGGUGAAGGACUCCAUUUUUACAGCUUGUCUUUUUAAAUACGAGUACUCUUGAUUCUUUCUCCAAUCUCCUUUUCCUUCCCCUUCAUUGCCUCUUGAGUUUGACAAAUCAACUUCGUGCCUAAUGGGAGAAAUGUGUAAACUUUGUAUAAAAUGUGUAAAUAUGUACCAGAUCGGUUGUAACUAAUGGGAUUCUUUUACUGCUCAGUUGAGUGCAGAGGCUCUGUGUUAUGGUUGCUGUUCUUAAAGGGAACUCACUAACCUUUUGAAAAGCUUUUUUUUCUAAGAUGCACUGAAAGAAACCACAAAAGAAUAAAAGCAACACUAAAUAACUUGACUAGGACAACGUGAAUCCUGUAGCUAGCCUAACUUGAGUCAGAGGUGCAUGGGAAGCUGUUGAAUGUGUUACGUGAGACCUCGCGGUACAUCACUUGAAGCAUGGGAGCAUUUGUGCUUCGUUGAAGCAAAAAGCACUCAGUUUAACAUGGUAGUUUUAAUUUUGCUUCUGUAGAUGAGUUACUGGAGUGCCUGCUUAUUAUGCCUGAAUGGAUGGAACUGCAUUUUUCUGUUCUGUCUUCCCCUCCUCCCCAAGAUGAGAAACUUGAAGCAAUCCUGUGUUGAGGUCGACAGGCCUGCUGGGUACCUGGAGCAUCAACAUAUUCCUGUUUCUUGUGGCACACACGCUCUCCGUGUGACUUCUGUUUUGGCUUCUCUUUUGUUUUUCAAUGCUGCACUGGAUUGUGGAGGGGAAAAUGCUUUCCUGUGUGGUGCUGCCUCUGAAACAUGCUUUGUCAGUGCCCCCAAAGAGAACAGCUUUCACCACUUGGGAGGUAAACGUGGCAAUGACUUCCUACAAGUCAAAGCCAUGGAACAGAUUGACAGAGGCAGGUUGCAGAAGCACAUGUAGCAAAACCAGUGUUAGAACAAGGUGUGUCCUUGAAACCUUGGCAAAGAACCACAAAACUCAUUUAGUUAUGGAAUGGUACAAGCUGGAAAGAGCAGCUUGUAGUUGCCCACUGGUCUCUAGGGUGAGAAUAUUCCCCACCUAUUCCCUGUUAUCAGAGAAACCUUCCUCAUGCCCAGUUGGACCUUAGCAGAGGUAUAAAGGUGGGAAGCACUUUAUUUCACAGUCUUUUAAACUGAAAAAAUACCUCCCAACACCAAACCUAUAACCCCCUGCUUUAUCAGAAGGGAAACAAAAGGCCUCAUAACAGCCUUUAGCUACAGCCCAAGCAAUCCUUGUUUCUGUUGUUUCUUCUCCACUUCUCCCAAAGUUCUGCUGGCUGCUUGUAGAGAGAAUUGGAAUAUCCUGAAACUGAAUAGACUGGAAAGAGUUUGUUUCUAGAGCAUUUGUUCAGAAGGGAGAUGGAGAAGAGUGAAGGGAGAGGGUUUAACAUCCCU